UUUGCGUAAGCCAUCGGUGGAUUAUCCUCCCGCACUGACCCGCCAUCCACACUACAUACUUUUAUCCGAUCCCGAGUAUACGGGUAAUGGAAUAACGACAGACCAUGUCCAUCAAAAUGCAGAGCCGAAAGCCAGACGCAAAGCCCAAGUCAAAACGAAUCAUCACCCCCGCUCGCCGGGACCAGAAUCGUCGCGCGCAGAGGGCUUACCGGCAACGACGGAGAGAGUGGACCGAAAAGCAGAGACAGGUUGGUUCAAGGGAACUGAGACCUGCGCCUGUGCCUAUCCCGAAUGAUACUCCGACGAAAAGUCUGGAUGUAGCUAGUAAGACCCUGCCGGCUACGCUGACGGUAGACCAUUUCUUCCGUCCACAUAAUCCGUCUAGCAAAAGGGAUAAGGAAGAGACCAUCAGAGACGAAGUUCCACCACCCCUAUUCACCACAUACACCCUCCUCCUCACAGCCUGCGUCUACAACGCGGCAGCCCUGGGCAUCAGCAUCGACCAGUUCUCCAGCUACAACUGCAUGUCGCUGUGCUCGCCUUUCUACCGGCCCUACACCGCCAUGUCGGCCGAUCCAUCAUCCCUCCUGGCUGCAGCUACAGUUACUCGCCCAGUUAUGCCGGUUCAUCUCCGCCCGACCCUCCCCCAGAUUCUCUUCCCGCAUCAUCCGCUUCUUGAUCUCCUUCCGCUGCCGGGGCUGCGAGCAAAAGCGAUUACCUUUGCUGCUACCGCGCCAUCUCUCCUCGAUGCGGUUGAGUUUAAACAAGAUAUUGUCGAGAGGGGAGGGAUCGUAUGUUCGUCUGAGUCUGUGGGAGGUAUGCAGCCGUGGGACAUGCGUGCUUGGACUAUUGCACCGUGGUUUAGGAGGAAGUGGCGGGUACUCUCCCAAUCUGAAGAUCUCGCAUAA